AUGCUCAAUGUUCUCAAAUAACUUUAAAAUGAAAUGACUUCAAAGGAUGAUUCAGUUAGAGCAAAAGCCACUCACAAAUUUAGAGAAGAAUUGGAAUAACUCACUGUAAACCAAGAAGAAUCAGAAUUUUUAAUCGAGUUUUUCCUCCACAAAUUAAGUGAUCCUCAAUCCUUACUUGAUACAACCUAUAUUCUACUCAAAUUGAGUAAAUCUUCAAAAAGCAUUCAUCCAUCACUUUUAAAAAUGAUAUAGAACAAAUAGAUAAUUAUUCCUACAUUUUCUAGAGAAGCAAGAAUUAAUUUUUAUCAAAUUUUUCUCGCUUUUCCAAUUACAUUUGAACUAGCCUCAAUAAUACUCUAGAGUAUUAUAGGAGAAAAAGAUCCUAGAAAUAUUUUGGUUGCUUUUUAAUUAUGUGAUGCUAUUUUAUAAGAAAAAAAUAUAGGAACAUAAUAUAAGAGAGAAAUCUUUGAAUUCUUAGAUUGUUAUUAUCCUAUUGAAUUUAACGAGAAAGCCGAUCCAAGGUAUUGUAUAUAAAUAUUACUUAGGUUUCAAAUCAAAAAGGUAGAAAUUGAGCAUAUUCUUAAUAAAUGUCUUUUUAGUGAAGUAUUGCUAAAUGAUUCUAUAUUAUUGUUACAAGAUAAGAUUGUAUCAGCUUAUGAUCGAGCUUAAGGCUCGGCACUCAAAAGUGUUAUGUGGAUAAUUAAAAACUAAAAUAAAAUUACUCCAUAAUAGAUUGAAGAGAUUUAUGAGUCUAUUUAAAAACUUGCAGAAUAGGUAAUUAUGGAUGACGAUGUAAUUUAAUUAAUUCCAUUUACUUUAAUAGAAAUUUGUAAUAAUGAAAGAUUUUAAAAAGUUAAGUCUAAAAUUAAAACAAUUUCUUUGAAAACUUUAGAAGAAAUACCUGCUACUUAAUAAGGAUUUAUUUAUUUUAAUUUCUUAAAACUUUUGGUUUAAAAUCAUACAGAAACAAUUUUUAGAGACAUCGUUCAAAUAUUUAAUAAAAAAUUUGAUACCAAAAAUAUUAAUGUGACUUAAAAAAGGUUAGAGAAUGUGAUCUCAACUAUCGCAGAAUAUAAAAAAUAUAAUAGAGAUUUUAUAUCGGAAUUAGACAAUAAUCAAAAAUCCCUACUUUAUGAUAAAUUAUAAUCAGGUAUUAAUCAUAAGAUGUAAAAUGUUUUUAUUCUUACUCUUAAAUGCUUAGCUGACAUUAUGAAAUAUUAUUAAGAUUAAUAAAAAGAUUUGGAAUUAUAUUUAUAUAACUAAAUUAAUAAUAGGGAGCUUAUUGAAUAGUAAUGCAUUUUGGAUUAUUUUGCUAAAAAUGGAAUAGUGGACAUCAAGCAAUAUUAAUAGCUACUCACUUUUUGGUCAGAUAAUAAUUAGUUACUAUAUGAUUACAGUUUAACAUCUUCAUUAUAUAAUAUCUAAGAUUAUUUCUCCUAAUUUACUUUAGGUUUAAUAAAUAAUUAGAAUUAUUAAAUAAAAUCAGAAUAAAUAUCUGCUCUAAAAGGCUAUUUGGAUAAUAACUCAAUAUCGAAUUAAAUAAGAUAAGAUCAGGCAUAAUUAGUCAUAAACCAUAUUUAUAACCCUUUAAAUAAGAAUAGAAACAACAAACUAAUAAAACAGUUAAUUUAGUUCAUGUUAAAAUAAUUCGCUCUUUAUUAAAAUAUAAUUAAAUAAAUUACCAUUGAUUUUGUACUACGUCUUGAAGAUGAAUAUAUAUACUAUUAUAUUCCCCUGAUGGAAUAAGAAUUAAAUGAAAAUCUCAUCUAGCCUAUACUAGAUAUUAUAUACAAAUAAGAUUUUAAACAAAGAGAUGUCCAAAUAACAAAUAGAAAAUAUGCAUAUAAAUUUAUUUAGUAAAUUAUUAAUUAAUAUCUAUAGUAUAUGUUUAUCAAAAUGUCAAAAAGAAUUAAAUUUGGAUUUCCCUUCAUUAUCAACAAUGGAAACAUUAUUCAAUGAUUAUCAAUUAAAUUAGUUGCAAUUGUAUAUAGUAUUGCUCAGAUAAUAGGUAAUUAAAACGCAUUAUAAAAUUUAGAUGUUGUUCAAUAAUCAGAAAGCACUUGAAAAAUUAAAAGAAAUUUCUUAGAGUCACCCGCAAUUAAUGAGUUAAAUCAUUAAGCAUAAGGACCUGGAAAAUAAAACAUUUCUAUAAAAGUCAAUAGGGGAAAUGAUUAAACAAUUAAAUCAUAAGCAAACUAUUAAUUAUCUAAUCAAUUAAGUAGAUGAAGAGUUCAUUGCUGAGUUAGCAAAUCCUGAAAUGCUGUAAAUAAUAAUUGAACAUUUCAAUGAUACAAAAAUUGAUAAACUAAAACAACUUGCUUUAAUUGUGAAUUGGUGUCCUUUACUGAAGGUAAAAGUCAUUGAGUAAUUGGCCAAAAUAGAAACUAAUGAAAUCAAGGUUUUGUAUACUUUAAUUAAUAUUGUGAUGAACAACUUUGAGGAGGCUAAAUAUAAUUUGGAUUUGUAUAAUACAGGGAUUAAUUUAUUUAAAAGAUAUUUAAAUUAUCCCAAGAGAGUGGUCAGAUAAGCUGCUUAAGAAGCAAUAAAUGAAUGGUGUAUAGUAUUUUUUAAAGGUUUAUGA